GAUCAACUAGAAUUUCUUGGACACAUCAUCACCCGGGAAGGAAUUAAACCGAACUUCAUCAAGGUCGAGAAAGUAAAGAAAUUUCCACAACCGACGAACACUACUGAAUUACGAGGAUUCUUAGGACUCGCGUCAUAUUACCGAUGGUUUAUACAGGGAUUUUCAGAUAUUGCAGAUCUCCUACACUUAUUAUUAAAAAAAGAAGAAAAAUACAAAUGGAAACCAAAUCAAGAAAUAGCAUUCCAACAAUUAAAAGAAAAACUCAUCAACGCACCUAUUCUUCUCUAUCCAAACUUCACAAAAAAGUUCAUCAUCGCAACUGAUGCGUCGAAGCUUGGAUUAGCAUACGCAAGUCGUGGUCUUGCACCAGCCGAGCGAAAUUACGCUGCACACGAGAUGGAAUGUCUCGCCGUAAUUUGGGCUGUCAAGUACUUCCGACAGUACUUAUUGGAACAAAAAUUCGAUCUAAUCACAGACCACGUGGGAUUAAAAUGGUUAAUUACUAAUUCGAAUCACACCGGAAGAACUAUGC